GGUGGCAUGCGUUUUUAGCCUGGAGGAGAAAGUAUGGUGGAUCAUUAGGGGAUCAUAAACGUUUAGAAUGGCGAUUUAAUGCCAUGCCGCCACAAUACAACGCAACGUAAUUAUGGAGAAUGAUAAUUAUGAUGAGACGAGUAGCGGAGAUGGCGAAGACGUGCUUGGCGAAUCGAAUUCCUGUUUAUUAUUGGAUGAUGCGGAAUUGUCGCUUCCGCGCGUGCGAGCCUCGUCGGUCGCUAGGGGAGACGGUCACGACUCCUGCAACGCUCAACCUCAACAUCAACACCAUCCUUUAUUGAAUGCCGCUGUGCGUUCUCCAACGUCCCCCACGUACAGUUUGUGCGGGUCUCGCCUCCGUUGGAUAAACACUGUAGAGCAGCUGCUACUGGGAGUCCCCUAUUUUUACCGUCCUGCAUUGUCUGUGCUCACUCACACGAAGAGGGAACUGUGUAACGUCAACGGGAAAGCACUGAGCAGACGACAGCUUUGUCAUAGGUAUCGCGAUACUCGUCACUCGAAUCAAAUUUCUUUCAUAUCAGUCGCUCACUUCCCCUUUGAGCAAGUCAGACGCGAUUUGAAGUGCGCUCCCCAAGGCGAAAGCAGGAUAUUUGCUACAAACUGCACAGAGUUGUCUUCAUCAGCAGCAGCAUCAGUGAUCAAAACACAGGAAUUUAGCUGUAGCAUUUCCAGGAGUAGCGAGUCUUGUGAUAACAGUAACUGCAGCUACUUCAGCGGACGUUUCACCAGCUUCUUCGCCAUGCCUGUCCCGGAGAGUUUCCGUUCGACGUGGAGUACUGAUCACGUCCCUGCUCUCCACAUCUCUUCCACGCCGGAUAAGCUGAAAAAGCUAAAGGAAAUACGACGAGAUGAUAAUUUUAACAUCGAGGAGGUUACAGAGACAGAGGUGCCUGCCAGUCGGCUCCACUCGGGGUCCCGAAACGGUAACGGCCACCUUCACCACCACGACGACGACACCGAACAACUUUCCGAUGACAUCCAGUCCUUACAUCGCCAACCCAAGAACCCCGAGUACUCCGAGUCCGUCACCGUAUCGCGUAUCCCCGCGCAUCAGGAAUACCGCUACGGCAUGCGGUGCGACAUCGAGAACCCCCGACGUUACCGCGACGCAGUGCAACUCGUACCCGGUCAGACCAACCCCGGUCGGUACUACAGCACUUUCACGCAGUGCUACAUCAACAGCUCGUACCGCCGCCGCCGGUACAGGGAGACCGUGUACAUCCGACUCAACGCACCGAACCCAAAGCAGUACUCCACCAAGGUCUUCGUCUUCCCCCAGUCGGUGAGGGAGACAUUCGUCAGCGAGGUCGAUCACCAUGACGAGGAGACGAUAAAAUGGUACAAGGUGGGCGUCAAAAUGGAGGCCAGGGACUAUGUGUCGGUCAAAUUCAUGCAAGUGAAUUGAUUCCAGGCGAAUAUGUGUGUUGCCAUGGUAAUGAAACAUUUCCAUAUUAUCAUGGUAGACAUUAUGAAUAAUAAUGUAUAAGGUCUUUUCUUUUAUGGAGUGAAAUUAUGCACCAUCGCUUGCUCGAACGUUGGCUGUGUGGACCGACGGAGACUUGACCGAGCCACAUCCAUUCGUAUUCUAUAACUCAUCGUGUAUCCAACCAACAUCUGGGUUUAACCGAUUUGAACUAAUCAUGAAAAGAUACUGUUUUUAUUAAACUAAACAUGCUAAAGGAUAGAUGAAACAUCCGAUGCAUUGGUAAAA